AUGGAUACCCUUCAGCUCGAGCUGGCCAAGUUAGGGCGUGAUGCAAACCUUACCCAGAGUAUUGCGGAUGUCGACAAGAUUAUCGAGCAGCUGGAAAGAGCACGGGGCGCUAUAGUGGAAGAUCCGAAUUCAGCUUCUAUUACAUUGGCAAAGCUUCAGAAUCCGCUGAAGCAUGGCUUCGACAAAGUUAAUGAGGACCUCAAGAAGAUACACCAAGGAUACAACAAAUAUGGAAAGGCACUGGAUAAGAAUUUCCCAAGCAAAGCAUUGCCCACCGAAUAUGACGCCCUGGCAUCCCAUCCUGCCCUCAUAAACCGAGCCAUCGCCAUGCAUCUCCUCCGAGAAGGACAAUUUUCGGUGGCGUCAACCUUCCUCGAGGAAAUACAAGAACACCCGCCUCAACCCACUCCCACACCAGGCACGCCCAAUCCCUCCGAAGAAGACGAAGUGGACCUUACAUUCCUUAAAUCAAAAGAGCUACAAGACAAGUUCUCGAACAUGUACUCAAUACUCAAUCAAUUAAAAGCGCGAAACCUGCGCCCCGCAAUCGAAUGGGCAAAGGCCAAUAGUGUGGAGCUCGAAAAAAGGGGCAGUAACCUCGAAUUCGAACUCAGCAAGCUGCAGUUCGUGUGGCUCUUUUUAGGGCCAUCGGUCAAUGGUCUUCCCGACGACGUACACAAUGGCCUGCCUGGCGCAUUACAAUAUGCCAAAGACCACUUCCAAAGUUUCCAAAUCCGGUAUAUACGGGACAUUCAGCAACUAGUAACAGCCAUGGUAUACCGGCCCAACCUGCGCGACUCGCCCUACUACCGUACAUUUGACACGCAAACAGCAUGGGACGAUGUUUCGGCCUCAUUUACACGCGAGUUCUGCUCUCUUCUCGGUCUCGCCGCCGAAUCACCCCUCUACAUCGCCGCCACAGCUGGAGCUAUCGCCCUCCCCACGCUCCUCAAACUGGCUUCCAUCGUGAAAGAGAAACGGACAGAAUGGACGACGCAGAAUGAGUUACCGGUGGAGAUUGCAUUGCCCCGUAGUAUGAUCUUCCACGCUAUCUUUGUGUGCCCAGUUAGCAAGGAACAGACAACAGAGGACAAUCCGCCGAUGAUGAUGCCGUGUGGACAUGUUGUUGCGAAGGAGAGCUUACAGAGACUAAGCAAGGGAACUAAGUUUAAAUGCCCAUAUUGCCCGAGUGAGAGCCAGGCGAAGGAUGCGAGGGAGAUUAUUCUGUAG